AUGAGGCUCUACGCCAAGCUGGCGGAAGCCAGCAAAUAUUUGGCGCUUACUGGGAUAUGUGUCUUGGCGUUCAGUAUCCGCCUAUUCUCCAUUAUCAAGUAUGAGAGCGUUAUUCAUGAAUUCGAUCCUUACUUCAACUACCGUGUUACUCAAUUCUUGACAAAGGAGGGCUUCUACGAAAUGUGGAACUGGUUUGACGACCGGACUUGGUAUCCCCUUGGGCGUGUUAUCGGUGGAACUGUCUAUCCGGGCCUCAUCUUUACGGCGGGUUCCAUUUACCGCAUCCUCCACUUCUUCCACAUUCCCAUCCAUGUCCAAGAGGUCUGCGUGCUCACGGCGCCGCUCUUCUCGGCAUUUUGCGCGCUGGCGUGCUACGGUCUGGUCUCACAGGCUCGCUCGCAUGGCGCCGGCCUGCUGGCCGCCUUCUUCGUGGCAGUCGUACCGUCGUACAUUUCCCGCUCCGUGGCGGGUUCUUUUGAUAAUGAAGGCGUCGCCAUCUUUGCUUUGGUCAACGUCUUUUACUGGUUUCUCAAGACUGUGAACACGGGCAGCCUCGCGGACGCCGUGGUCUUGGUCGCGUCGUACGGCUACAUGGUCAUGUCCUGGGGUGGCUACUCGUUCAUUAUCAACCUCCUGCCGUUGUACUGCCUGGCUUGCAUCUUCUUCGGCCGCCUGAAUGGUCGCCUGUACGUGGCCUUUGCGCCGCUGGUGGCGCUGGGCACCGCCAUCUCCUGUUCCAUCCCCGUGGUGGGCUUCAACGCCGUACUGAUGUCAGAGCACUUUGGCGCCUUCUUCGCCUUCGUUGUGCUGCACCUGGCACUGCUGGUGUCCUACGUGAGGCGCAUGCUGAGCACCAAGCACUUCCUCAUCCUCACCUCCAUGGUCCUCACGGCGGCCCUGGCGGUGGGCGCUGUGGUGGCGUCCAUGGUGGUGGCCUACGUAGCCAAGAGCCCCACGCUGGGCUGGACGGGUCGCUCCAUGACGCUGCUGGACCCCACAUACGCUUCCCGCUUCGUGCCCAUCAUCGCCUCCGUGUCUGAGCACCAACCACCGCAGUGGACCUCCUACAUUAUGGAUCUGCACGUCCUGGUGAUGCUAGCGCCUGCAGGCAUCCUGGCAUGCUUCCACCGCCUGACGGACGCCUCGUUGUUCUUGGUGCUGUACGGCCUGACCGCCGUAUACUUCUCGGGCGUCAUGAUCCGGCUGAUGUUGGUGCUGGCCCCUGCCGUGUGCUGCCUGUCGGCCGUAGCGCUCUCCGACCUGAUGUACGUGCUGUGUGGCUCGCUAAGGCCACCUACCUUCUCCCGCGCUGAUAAGGAAGCUUCCACGGCCGACGGGGAUGGCGCCGUCUCCGGGAGCAGCCCCAGCAAGGAAGCGGCUGCGGCCGUUGCUCCCACAGAAGAGUCUACCCCAUCCAAGAAGAAGUCCCGGCCCCGCCCGUCCUCUAGUAUCGGCAGCGGCGCCAAGCUGUAUGCGCUGCCGGCGGUUGUAUGCGUAGCGCUGCUGAGCAUGGUGUUGGUGCUGCUGGGGAUGUACGUGGUGCACUGCAUCCAUGCCUCUGCGGACAUGUACUCUUCACCGUCCAUCGUGCUGCAGUCACCGCGGCCGAACGGUGGUUUCUACGUGUUUGACGACUUUCGAGAGGCCUACGCCUGGCUGCGGCACAACACGCACCCGGACGCCAAGGCAAGUCCCAUCUUGCGUUACCCGUCUAGCCCAGUCGCCUCCUGGUGGGACUACGGCUACCAGACAACUGCCAUGGCCAACCGAACCGUUAUAGUGGACAACAAUACCUGGAACACCUCUCACAUCGCCACCGUGGGGAGAGCAAUGUCCAGCAGUGAGGCCAAGGCAUGGUCCAUCUACCGCUCGCUGGACGUGGACUACGUGUUCGUGGUGUUCGGAGGGCUCGUGGGCUACCCCUCCGAUGACAUCAAUAAGUUCCUGUGGAUGGUGCGAAUUGGUGGAGGGGUCUACCCAGAAAUUAAGGAGCCGGACUACCUGACACCCGAAGGAGACUACCGAGUGGACGCACGAGGCACCAAGACCAUGCUCAACUCGUUAAUGUACAAGCUGUCAUAUUAUAACUUUGCGGACGAGUCGCAAUUGUCCACUGGCCAGCGCGGGGUGGACCGAGUGCGCGGCUACCCCAUCGGCCGUCUCAACGUCAAGCUCAACUACUUCGAGGAGGUGUUCACCAGCCAACACUGGAUGAUGCGCAUUUACAGGGUGCGCGACCGGCCGCUGCGCGACCCAACAUCGCGGGUCAGCAAGAAGGGGAAAACCGCCAGCCGCCAAGGCUAG